AUGGCCGCUUUUUUCAUCCCAAAUGCAACAGUGAACGAGCUAAAAAAAAUGCAGUCAGCAAGCGAAGAAUUAUUUGAUGAAGAAAAGCAAGAAGAAACACUAACAAUCAAACGACCAAAACAAUCUUAUUUAGAAAUAAUUGCUGAGGCAAUAUUACAAUCACCUAAUCAAAUGUUACAAGUGGGUGACCUUUAUGACUAUUUUCAAAAUAAAUAUCAAUAUUUUGGUAAUGAUGUGAAUAAAAGUUGGCGAAAUAGUGUGCGUCAUAAUUUGAGUAUAAAUCGUUGUUUUGUUAAAGCUGGAAAAAAUAGUAAAGGAUUUUUUUGGCGUGUGCAUCCAUUAGCCAUACAUGAUUUUGAGAAUGGUGUAUUUCGUCAACGUCGUUUUAAGGAAAAACUUCGUCAGGCACAACAACAAGAUGAAGAGGAAACAGCAUCGUCUUAUUCUCCAGGAACAUCAGUCUACGAUAAUGACGACAGCAAUGAUCAUUUAUCAUCACCAUCACCAGAUCUUCCAACAUUAUUUAAUAUAUUUUCAAAUUCCAAUCCGUCAUCAUUAUCAUCAUCACCAAUGCAAUCUCAACAAUUCAAUCCAUAUUUUCCAUUUAAUGAUUCAAAUUUACCAUAUAUGAAUUUGUUUCCAUUUCCAUUUUCAUCACAGCCACCAUUACCACCACCACCACCACCAUCAUCGCUUGUUUCUGGUUCAUCGCUCGAACCACCACAACACUUUCCCUAUUUCUCUAUGCAACCAUCAAUGCCUUAUUUACCAUUUAAUAUGAUUGAUCCUGCGCUCUUAACAAAUUAUUUUCAACCACAACGAGAUGAAGAUGAUUAUUCUCGAGAAAGUCAAUGCGAAACGCAAGACAAAACAAGUUUCGAUAAAGUUGAUGAAGAAGAUGAUAGUACGCGAGAAAGUGAUUCAAAAACCAAUAUGUCAAGAAAACCGAAUCAAUCGUAUUUAGAAAUAAUAGCCGAAGCUAUUUUACAAGCGCCCAACAGAAUGAUGCAAUUGUAUGAAAUAUAUGCAUAUUUUCAAAAAAAGUCAUCAUAUUUCGCCGAAAAUGUGAAUAAAUCUUGGAAAAAUAGCGUUCGUCAUAAUCUAAGUUUAAACGAUUGUUUUAUGAAAGCUAGCCGAGGGUAUAAUGGCAAAGGUCAUUACUGGCGAAUUCAUCCAUUGGCAGAAUCUGAUUUUGAACAGGGUCAAUUUAAACGUCGUCGACAACGACAUCAAAUUCGACAAUGGCAACAUCAACAAUUAUUCCAACGUCAACAACAACAAGCGCGGAUAUCGACGCCAAUGGAAGCCCCAUAUUAUUCUCAAAUGCUUCAUCUCAAUUUUCAAUCAUCACCUAUGUUAACAUCAACACCACCACCGUACAACAUUUCCAUGUCUCCAUCACAGUAUCCCACAAACAUGUUUCAUUAUCCACUUCCAUCACCGAUAAAUGAACCUAAUCCAGCACAAUCUUCUCCAUCACCACCUUUUCCAAUUCCAUCAAUAUCACCAUCGUAUUAUUGCCACUAUCGACCGAUUAAUUCAUCUCUAAAUGAUUCUGGUAUCUCAAUUCCAUCAUCACCUGCACCAUCUCCCUGCCCGUCUUAUUUUUCAACAACACAUCCGUAUUACUCAUUAAAUGUUUUUCCAGACUCGUCUUAUGAACAGUCGGAAGAAUAUUCUCGGUAUAAUACUAACGAAAAUACAAAAACAUUUGAGUAA